AUGCCGGCGCGGUUGUCGGCCCAUCUCGCUCCUCGCCGCCACUUUGCGCGACCCACGGAACCGCGCCUGUUUGAGGUGAACCCAGCUCGCGAGAGAUACGUGAUCGAGACUGCCUUCGAGGAACCGACCUUUCGCUUUAUCUGCGAGGGAGUCGACGUCGACUUCAAGGAGGACGUGCGCGAGGCGCUGGCAAAGCUGCUUCCACCUCCCCCUUCGAACUUCACCCAGCGGGAGGAAGACACAGGACUGCAGCUGCCUCAGAUACUCCAGACAUUGCGGUCGCUGUGCCGGCAGGAACUUGUCUCGUUUGCGCAGGUCCGCUCCACACCGCGACGGCUGGCGUCCUACUACGAAGUCCUUGCCGCGGUCAACCCGGUGCUGGCGGUACUGGCGGCUGAGCACUACACCUUUGCCGGGCUAGUGGCGACUCACGCGAAGAAGAGUGUUCGGGACGCCGUACUUGCGGGUGUUGACAGUGCCGCGACUAUUGGUUGCAUUGCUGACCAAGAGCUUAUCGCAGAGGGCACCCCGCUGAACACGGAGGCGCGCUACGACGUGCACGAGCGGUGCUUUGUGCUUCGUGGCACGGGCAAGUUUGGCGUGGUUGCUGCGGCCUGCGCGCAGUGGGCCCUGGUGAGCGCCACCCUCACCCUCAACAAGAAGGAGCACAACGGCACACACCUCUUUUUGGUCCAACUUCGAGAAGGUGACUUGCUCAGUGCGUCGGGGCAACUUCGUCGGGGGGUAUCGGUGCGCCCUAUCACGGGCGAGAACACCACCAUGGCUGGCUGUGGGGUGGCCGUGCUGCACUUCGAGGACGUACGAAUCCCGUGCGAUCACUUGCUCGACCCGUACUGUAUCACGAGCGAGUCAAAGGUGGGGUACGUGGCUGGACAGGAGACUCAGGAACCAGCAACAGAGGUGCUGCGCACCCGCCGCCGCAUCGCCACCGGGGCCAUUUACAUUGGCGUGACGAAGAAGUUUCUUACUGACGUGGUGACCUACACGGCCGACAAGUGCGUAGUAGGGCCCGACUAUCGCCGUAACUACCCCUUUCUAGGCCUCCAACACAUCCAGUCACCGCUUGUGAGCAUGUUGGCAAAGUCGUAUGUGCACCUGGUUGCGUGGCAGCGACUCCUGCCAGUAUUCACGGACCCUUCCGGGUCGCCGUCGUACGAGGACCACAUGCGUCUCGCCGGCACGGUUCACUUCCUACAGGAGAACCUGCUCGACUUACAGACGUUUGCCGACAAGACGAUGGGUCUGCAUGGCUCUUUCGCUAGCACAGGGAAAGAUGCUGCUGUAACUCUUGUGCAUCUCCGGCAAGAGGGCCUUGAUACCUCUGCCUUGAUUCGCGAGGUUGCCUUCCAGUCGGUAACUAAGAACAUCGGGACAACGCACUGGGGCUGGUGGCUGACAAGUCUUCUGCAGCCGGCGUUUCCAGCGCUCAAUCGCUUUUUGAAGAACCCACUGUACUCGCCUCGCAUUGCUGAUCUCGGACGCCAUCUGAUCUUCUUCAGCCACAAGCACUACAGUCUCAAGAAGCGUCUGCAACAGUCGCGCGAGCUAGAGCGGCGAAAGGGUGGCAGUGAGCAUGAGUGGUAUGACUGGGUGAUGUUCCGCCACCGCACCGUUGUGCACUGCGGUGAGGCGUUCAUGGAGGUGUAUUACCUUGACGUGAUGAUGAAGGAGACCGAGAAGUGCAGCGACCCGCGUGGACGCAAGAUCCUGCGCGACAUUGCCUGGAUCUACGCCUUGACGCGGCAGAUGGACCGGUUGGACUUUUUGCUGUCGUCGAAGAUGCUGAGCCCAGGCAAGGCAGAGACCCUCGCAAGCCAUAUCGACAACAUCGUGACAGUGCUCGCGCCGCAGUGUGUGCAUCUCGUGGAAGCGAUGCAAGUGCCAGAGUUUGCUCGUGCGCCGUGCCGCUCGGCGACGUACAUGGAGGCGUACUGGACCAUCCCAGGAACGAACACGCACAUUGAGCGCGGGGAUCGGCUGACCCUGCAUGACGCCACGAACGCUUCGUCGUCCAAGGGCCGCCGCGGGGCUGAAAAUGCCAAGGCGGCGCAGGAGGCGAUACGUGAGUCGCCGGAGGAGUUUGACUUGUUCCACGGUCUUGCCGACGAGCCGUCGUACGCGCUCCGCAAGUCGCCGUAG